AUAAUCCAUUUCAUUAAAAUAAAAUUCUGGUUGGUUCAAUUAGUGGGUCAGAACAUGAAUUCUGAAUAAACACUGCCCCUGAGCCCACUGCCUCCUAAUGAUUGUAAUGAAGCCCUUCUGCUCUGUGCUCUGGAGUCUGCUGAGCUUGUACACAUCUCUGUAACUCUAAGGCAGUAGUAGGAGGGAAAGCCUUAACCUAUUUCCCAGGAGAGUCAAGUGCCUUCCCCCAGAUUACACUGGGAUACUCAGGGCAGAGUCUUGGUUCCUACCCAGCCCUCGUGAGUUCAAGACCCACACUACUUAUACUAGAUGGAUGGCACACACAAAUAUAGAUCUGUUCUCUGGCACCUGCCAAGGGUAUUGACAAACUUCCAUGCAGGAGUUUCAAGGAGUAUAGUGUGGAAAGCAGCAGAGACUCAGGAGAUGAUAGCAGGGGCUGGAUGCUCUCCUCAUGUGGCUCUACAUGAUCUCAUAAUCUGAGCCAGACACUAUACAGAUUCAUAACAGUGGUGCUCACCCUAGACCUUCUAGGCCCUGGAGGUUACACAGAGGCCUGAGAGGACAUCCAGACAUUCAAUCCUUGUCUAGGGCCUUGUGGGAAGUAAUUGUGCUUUCCUGGGACCAGUGGGCUAGUGUGUGCCCCUGAGGCCUCAUGGGACACUCUGAGGGAGGGAAUGCCUUCGCUCAGCCAAGCUGGCCAAUAUGGCCUAAUAAGGUGGCCUGAGGACUAGUAUACAUGCUAGUUGAAUGUGCAGGUGAGAACCUGUGAGUGUGUGUGUGUGAGAUGGUGGGUAGAAAGGUCAGCAUGUGAAAGCAUUGUGUGUGUGAGUGUGUGUGUUAAAGAGAGAGGGAGGUUGUGAGUAGGAAGGCCAACAUGUGAGUGCAUUGUGUGUGAGUGUGUGUGUGUGUGUGUGUGCACCAGAGAGUGGGAGAGAGAAAAACAUGUUGAUAGGUAUAGAUAAGGGAUUUGGGAGUACGUGUGGAGGAAUUGGGGUCCUGAGAAGGUGACUUAAGUUAGAGAUUCUGUAAAUGUGGGGCUUUUGGGAUGCAGAAACAGGCCAUUUGGUUCGGAGAAACCAUCAAACGCCCCCCAAGUUCCACAUCAUGGGAUUCCCUCUCCCAACUUUCCUGGCUAGUCCUAUCAGCACCACGGACAGCGCAUCGACAAUGUCAAACCCGGCAGGACAGAAAGAGUAGCAGCCCCACCCCUUCCCUUCCAUUCCAACCUGAGUCACUGCUCACUCCUUCGUCCAACGUCAGUUUCCUCAACUGUGUAUUGGGAGGUUGAGGUGGGUGUGGGGGACGUGAGUUGGUCCUUUGAAGAGGAAAACUGCAGUUUAGGGCAAAGUAUCAUAAACAUCUGGCUGCUUCUGGGCACCAAUUAAGCACAUUAAGUGGGGAGCGACAGCAGCUACACAACCCAAGCCCAUAAAGCCUUCUAAUUGCUCCGACCCACGUGGUCACAGUUUCCCCACUUAUAUAAAAGGCCUACAGAGGUGCAAAUAGUGAACGCCUGACGCCCCGACCACUGUACUCUCCAUUUGGACGUCUCCAUCCUCAGAACCUCCUCUCUUCCCCAAAAAGCACCAUGACUUGCGGAUCUUACUGUGGUGGCCGCGCCUUCAGCUGCAUCUCGGCCUGCGGGCCCCGGCCUGGCCGCUGCUGCAUCACUGCUGCCCCCUACCGCGGCAUCUCCUGCUACCGCGGCCUCUCCGGGGGCUUUGGCAGCCACAGCGUGUGCGGAGGCUAUAGGGCCGGCUCCUGCGGACGCAGUUUCGGCUACCGCUCUGGGGGCGUGUGCGGGCCCAGCCCCCCAUGCAUCACCACCGUGUCGGUCAACGAGAGCCUCCUCACGCCCCUCAACCUGGAGAUCGACCCCAAUGCUCAGUGCGUGAAGCAGGAGGAGAAGGAGCAGAUCAAAUCCCUCAACAGCAGGUUCGCGGCCUUCAUCGACAAGGUGCGCUUCCUGGAGCAGCAGAACAAGCUGCUGGAGACAAAGCUGCAGUUCUUCCAGAACCGCGAGUGUUGCCAGAGCAACCUGGAGCCCCUGUUCGAGGGCUACAUCGAGACUCUGCGGCGGGAGGCCGAGUGCGUGGAGGCUGACAGUGGGAGGCUGGCCUCAGAGCUCAACCACGUGCAGGAGGUGCUGGAGGGCUACAAGAAGAAGUAUGAGGAGGAGGUUUCUCUGAGAGCAACAGCUGAGAACGAGUUUGUGGCUCUGAAGAAGGAUGUGGACUGCGCCUACCUCCGCAAGUCAGACCUGGAGGCCAACGUGGAGGCCCUGAUCCAGGAGAUCGACUUCCUGAGGCGGCUGUAUGAGGAGGAGAUCCGCGUUCUCCAGUCCCACAUCUCAGACACCUCUGUGGUUGUCAAGCUGGACAACAGCCGGGACCUGAACAUGGACUGCAUCGUCGCCGAGAUCAAGGCACAGUACGACGACAUUGUCACCCGCAGCCGGGCCGAGGCCGAGUCCUGGUACCGCAGCAAGUGUGAGGAGAUGAAGGCCACGGUGAUUAGGCAUGGGGAGACCCUGCGCCGCACCAAGGAGGAGAUCAACGAGCUGAACCGCAUGAUCCAGAGGCUGACGGCCGAGGUGGAGAACGCCAAGUGCCAGAACUCCAAGCUGGAGGCUGCAGUGGCCCAGUCUGAGCAGCAGGGUGAGGCGGCCCUCAGCGAUGCCCGCUGCAAGCUGGCAGAGCUGGAGGGUGCCCUGCAGAAGGCCAAGCAGGACAUGGCCUGCCUGAUCAGGGAGUACCAGGAGGUGAUGAACUCCAAGCUGGGCCUGGACAUUGAGAUUGCCACCUACAGGCGCCUGCUGGAGGGCGAGGAGCAGAGGCUGUGUGAGGGCGUUGGCUCGGUGAAUGUCUGCGUCAGCAGCUCCCGCGGUGGCGUCGUCUGUGGCGAUCUCUGUGCCUCCACUACUGCCCCUGUUGUCUCCACCAGAGUCAGCAGCGUCCCCAGCAACAGCAACGUGGUGGUGGGCACCACUAACGCUUGCGCCCCCUCCAUCGGGAUUGGCGCCUGCGGCGGCAGCUGUAAGAGGUGCUAGGAAGCUGCGGCCUCUGCCAGCGCCUGUAGCCAUCAUUCUCCACCCAGCCAGUCCUCGGGCCACCGGAACGCGCCUCCCUGGCCGGCCUCCCAAGAGCCGCCGCCAGCUGCGUGCACUCUAAGUGCCCUCCCCACCGCUCCGCUCUGGGAGCCAUCCCUGGUCGCAGGAGUCUGGGGAGGCCCGGCCAGCGCCGUGGUCUCUCUCUCUCUAGCCUUUCCUGGUAGUCAAUUUGUUGUCCCGAGGAUUCAUCCUUUUCUUCCGCCUACCUUCUGUUUUUUUGCUGUAUGCAUUGGUCUUGCCUGACCUCUUCCCCAAAGCUUGGAGGAACGGGGGAGGCCGGGGAAUGUCCCUGUCUGCACGACCUGGGACUCUGCCCAUGCGCUUCUGCCUGUGGAAUGGAGACGUGCACCCUGGAUGGUGGUUCUGUGACUCUGCGAGGGACAGGCCCACGUGUGGCCCGCAAGAGCUUCUGAAAAAGUAAUGACUCUGCUGCCUUCUCCUUUGUCUUUGUUUCACUCUGUGUUUCCAAUAAACUCAUUGUAGCGAAUCAA